AUGAGGGAGGAAGCGGAGAUUAUGGACGAGCUCCAUGGCCUCGACGGAGAGCUCAAGAGCUUCCCCGCCGAGGCCCACUGGUUCUGUCCUAAACGCCGUGAUGACGAUCAGAUUGAUUACACCCACCCCGAUGAUGCUGAAGAGGACAUGAGUUCCGAUACAAAGCGUGAAUUGAUUCACGAUACGAAACGACGGCAUAAGGUUGCAUACAAGUAUUCAAUCAUACUCGGCUUGGAUCCUGAAGACACGGCAGGGAUGUUGGAGGGCUAUGUAAAUCGACUGAAUCACCUUAUGAGAACUUGUGACAAAUGUGGUUACAAUUGGCAUAAGGGCAGGAAAGACUAUGUGAAGGAAAUUUCUGAGCGAUUCGACGAAGAGAUAGCCCAGCAGCUCUCCACUCGACUGGACAAUAUCGACUUUAAUCGUAUCAAUUCUGGCCUCGAGCAGGCAGAAAAGAUUCUUAACAGUGCCGACCACUCUCAACGAAACCAGAUGACUAUUGCAACCAAAAAUUUGCCAGCCCUCCUGGCUCUAUUCGAAGCUCUCUGCUGCGUAGAUUACCAUCGGGAUGAUGAGAAGCUCUCCAAGCAUUUCGAUUAUGUCUUUGAGGCCAUCCAGACCAGAAAAGUGCUCAGAAUCAGUGACAUACUGCCAGCAAUGACUCUCUUUCUUUUUAACACGAAUCCUGUUCGUAAUACAUUUGCAACUACCGCUUGGCAAAAGACGACAACCAUGCUCACACCGAGCACCUUUGAAUGGGUUGUGCACGAUACUCUGACGGAGGCAAUGAUACUAGUUGCACAGUCAGCCGACACAGAAGAGAUAAAGCGAUUCUGGUCGGGGUUUCUUCUGAUUCUUGAGAAAAUGGACGAGAAUUUGAUUAGACAUACUCUCCGUGGUAUGGAGGUACAAGUCGACAUAUGGCACCUUGCACUCCAACAUCUGGCAUGCAACUCUGUCACCACUUUACCAGUCAUUAUAAAGGCGCUUCAUCAACUUGUAAAAAAGGCUCCAAAGGACUUUUGGUCUGCCAUGGGAACAAUUUCAGCCGCUACUGUAGCAGAGCUAAUAUUCCAGAGCCCCGGAUUUGAUCGGCUACUCUUAGACCCAGAGACAUUCAAGGAUACGAGUUUCGAAGCCUCCCCUGUUUAUUACUGGAUACCAGACUUUCUCAAGUCACUUGAUCCUAUUCACCAGCACGAUGCCUGCCGUGCGUUACUUGUCAAUUUACUCGAACGCUUCCAAAUUGAAAAGUACUCGGCCCAAGUCAGACUUGCUUGCUGUCGUGCUGGCAUGGCUGCUCUGCACGUAACAUUGCAGACUUUCACAUCCUCUGAAUACAAGAUAAAUCCAACAACCUCCCUGAUUGUUAUAAAUGACAUCAUGGGACUCGUCAACAGAUAUGGAACCAUGGUUUGCGGAUUUACGGAGUUAGCAGAUGGUGAUGAAAGUGUCGAGUUGAGAAGCUUAGCAAUGCUUGUGGUCAACCAAGUGCUUACUCUGGAUUGCAAGGCUGUUAGCACUGAGUACUCUGCACUGCAACAGCAGGGUGCCCAUAUUCAGCGUGUUUCGAGAAACUACUCAGAGGCCAUCUGGCAAUCCGUUCUAGGCGUAUUCCGUCCUGGCAAUGUCGAGCUCGCUAAGAGUAUUCUCCCAGCAACGCUCUCCCUCGUAGGGCUCGAUGAACUAUAUCCAGUGCGCAAGAAGGAUGCGUUGAAGAAGGACCACGCCGAUUUCAACAAGGACUUCCACAAGCUCAUGGACAGCAUAUCCAGGAUCUUUGAGCGUCUGAGCGAUUUUCAACCUCAAAGUCUGAAGGAAUUGUAUGCUAAUACGAUAACUGCUCGCCCUCUGGUUGCAGCCCUCAUCUCUGCGGAUCAAGGUGUGAAUGAAGCGGCAAUAGAGCUCAUCAAAACCAUGACAGGUCAAGACAGCAAGCAAGAUGCCAUUCAGGACCUUCUAGAGUCGAAUUUGACCCAGAUGCUCAGUGGCUUGACAUAUGCAGCUAUACGAAUUGGUAAAGCAUCGUCAUUUGGGCCCGUCCCCUUUAUGAUUAAACUCAGUCGCCAAGUUCUCAAGGCACUUUGUGGCAAUACUGGCGUCCUUCGUGCUCGAUCGGUCUUUGAUGCGAAUGAGAAAAAGAUGGUAUUUGGUUGGUGGGCAGGCCAGUGGAAGGUGCUCGACACGGUGUUCAAACGCACAGAAGAUUGGGCAACACGAGUGACCCAGUCAACAUCCGACAUGCAAGACUUUUGCCGGGACGGCAUGGAGUAUGCAGAAGCGCUCUUCAACGAAUACAGCGUCUUCGCCUCGGCCCUGACUGUCUCUAGUCUUGAUGAUCAAGAGAAUCUAGGGGCUACGAAAUCAACAUCUACCAACGAUUCCCUAACGAACAUUCUCAAAGUGGUGUGCACCAAUGUCUUUGGCUUGGUUGGACUUCUAAGACUUCGAGAUGGUUAUUUGGUCAGUGUUAUUACUAGCCUCCUGGGUAAGCUUCUUCGUUGCCUUGGAGAAUACCACCUAGAAGUCGAUUCCGAGUCGGCGGAAUUCAUCAAGGAUGCGUGUAAACGCGAGGGUGAAAAGAAUUUCAAGAAGACGAACCUUACGGGCCAACAGAGGGCGGAGCUACAGAGAGCACUCGAUGAACAUCAAGGUGUGGAGAUUAUUGAAAUUCCUCGGCCAUCUGCUUUCCCCAAGAAGCAAGCUUCACUCGAUGCAUGGUCGAAGUCGGCGGAUGGGAAGCAGCAUGAGCCCAAGCUGCCUCCGAAGAGCAGCUCAGUCUUCCAAUACCAGACAACCACUACUGAGAAGCAGCAAUUUCUUCUAGAGAAGAUCAAGGCUCAGAAAGCUAUGUCCGAACAAUCCCAAACCGCUUUCAGGGAGAACCGCCGGAAAGCAGAAGAAGAGAAGAAUCGGUUAAAGGCCGAAGCAAUCGCCCAUGCGAAAGCUCUUCGUGCACCAGCUGGAGUUAGGGGUGAAGGUUCUGGCCUUAAAGACAUCUCUGGCCUGAUUGGAAAGGAUCAUGCACCAGUUCGAAGUGAAAUCAUGGUGGGCUCAUCAGAUGAAGACUCUGAUGAUGAUGAGGAUAGCACCAGCACCCUUAUCAAGAGAAAGCAGACAUCGCAAAGGGUCUCCGAGUAUGAGGAGAGCAAAAGGCGUGCUCUACUUCAGCAGCAACAAGGCCCCGUCAAGAAGACCAAAGUACAACGAUCUGCUAAAGAUCUACGCGCUCGAGUCGAGCCUAACAUGGACAACUUGUUCCUGGAAAUUCUUAGCUGGGAUAUAUUUCACCCUGGCGACGACCCUCCCAGCAACAAUGUGUGCACAAAAAUCGACAACAAAUAUCUAGACCUCGACAAGUAUAAGAGGACUUUUGGGCCUUUGCUCAUAUCCGAAAUUUGGCGCUCUCUGGUUACAGCAAAAGACGAGAAUAACUUCAAACCCGUCGAGAUCAAGGUCCUGAACCGACUCUCCGUAGACAAGUUCAUGGAAAUAAGCUCGACUAUGCCAAUAUCUGCAAACCGGGACUUGAAGAUGUCCGAACGAGAUAUCGUUCUCUUGUCGAAGAGCUCAGAUCCAUUGGCCAACCAAAAUGAACUGCAUUGUCUUGCUCGCGUGUUUCGGACGACCAAGAAGAAGGAUGUUCUCGAGAUCUCGUUCCGAAUUAGCAGAGACGCACCCCAGAAGCUCUUGAACGAUUGCUUUGUGCCAAAUGGUAAGGUGUUUGCAGUGAAGAUUGCAGACAUGACGACCACGCAACGAGAAUUCGCGGCGUUGAGCAGUUUGGAAUACUAUGAUCUUUGCACUGAAGUUUUGGAAGCUAAACCUUCUCCACUCCAGAAGUACUCGGAUGAAAAAACUUCUCAGAUGUCUUCCAAGUACAAGUUAAAUAGAGGACAAGCUCAAGCUGUUCUGUCUGCCCAUGACAAUGAUGGCUUUACAUUGAUUCAAGGCCCCCCUGGAUCUGGUAAAACUAAGACCAUUGUUGCGAUGGUUGGCGCUCUUCUCACGCAAAGCUUGCAACAACAGCAAGCAGAGCAAGCGAAAGCAAGACCUCCAGUCCAGGGCAAGCCUGUUGCACCACCGCCGCCUAAGAAGAAGCUCCUCAUUUGUGCACCGAGUAACGCGGCUGUCGAUGAACUCGUUCUUCGUCUCAAAGACGGCAUUCAGCCGCUAAAUGGACCCCGUCAAAAAAUCAACGUCAUUCGCAUUGGUCGAAGUGAGGCCAUCAAUGCCAGCGUGAAGGACGUUAUGCUGGAUGAGUUGGUCAGAAUGAAGCUUGAAGGCAACAACGGCGAAAACAACAAGCUCAUCAAUGAUCGGGACAAACUCCACAAGGACGCUGCACAGAUUAAAGAACGACUGAAUGUGCUCAGACCUCAAAUGGACGUGGCUCGUGGCAAGGACAAGGGCUUGGAAACCAAGCUACAACGAGAAUUCGAUGAAUUGAAGCGUGCCCAAGCUCGUAUUGGUGCAAAAAUUGAUGAAGACAAGGAAAGCGGAAAUACAGUUUCACGCCAGAACGAGAUCAAUCGCCGCCGAUUUCAACAAGAGAUUAUUGACGGUGCUCAUGUGUUAUGUGCCACAUUGAGCGGUAGUGGUCACGAUAUGUUCAGGAAUCUGAACGUCGAAUUUGAGACUGUCAUCAUCGACGAGGCAGCUCAAUGUAUCGAACUGAGCGCUUUGAUCCCACUCAAGUAUGGAUGCUCUAAGUGUAUUCUUGUCGGAGAUCCGGAACAAUUGCCGCCAACCGUCCUUUCGAGAUCGGCCCAAAGCUUUGGCUACGAGCAAAGUUUGUUCGUCCGAAUGCAGAAGAAUCAUCCGAAAGACGUUCAUCUUCUCGAUACCCAAUACCGCAUGCACCCCGAGAUCAGCUACUUCCCGAGUCAGCAAUUCUAUCACGGUAGGCUGGUUGAUGGAGAUGGCAUGGCGAACUUAAGGAAACAACCAUGGCACGCCAGCUCGAUCCUUGGACCUUAUCGUUUCUUUGAUGUGAAGGGAAUUCAGACUAAGCAAGCACAUGGGCAUUCAUUUAUCAACGUUCCAGAACUUAACGCCGCCAUUGCUCUCUAUCAGAGACUGAAGCAAGAUUACAGAAAUAUCGACUUCACGGGAAAGAUUGGCAUCAUCACAACCUACAAAGCCCAGUUGAAUGAAUUGAAAUCUCGAUUUGAAAGAAAAUUCGGGGAGAAAAUUUUCGACGAGAUUGAAUUCAAUACAACGGAUGCCUUCCAAGGACGAGAGCGGGAAAUCAUCAUCUUCUCUUGUGUCAGAGCAAAGGCAACGGGAGGUAUCGGUUUCCUUGGUGAUAUUCGACGUAUGAACGUCGGUCUCACUCGAGCCAAGUCCUCGCUGUGGGUUCUGGGAGACUCAAACGCUUUGCAACAGGGCGAGUUCUGGAACCGGCUCAUCCAAGAUUCGCAAGAACGCAAUAGAUACACCGGCGGCGAUGUGAUGGCCCUCUUGUCGAAGCCCACAUCUCGAGAUCAGCUGCCACAGCCAGGAGUCAAUGGUUACCAACGACCCUCGACAUCCUUGGAAUCAAUUGCAUCAUCCAGCACGGCGACCAUGCCUGGACAUAAGCAGAACGAUCCUGACGUCGAAAUGAUCGAUGCUCCAAGUAUGCCUGGUUCACGUAAGUCUUCCAUCAGUGGCAACAGCUCAUCAAAUGAGACGAUCUCGUAUGGUAAUCGUCCUCGAGAUCUAUCAGUCAAGCAAGAAUCGCGGAGAACAUCUAUUGGUGUAAGCAGUCGCGAUUCUUCAGUCAAACAGGAGAGCCGAAAGUCAACACCGAAUCCAGGUUCUUCAUUGGGACUGAAUCUGCAAGGAAAGCGGCCACUUGAGUCCUUGAGAGACGAAGAAGUUCCGGUAAAGAAGGAGAAGCCUACGCCUCCUAUAAACGACCUUGAAGCACAGCUCCAGGCACAUCAGGCAGCGAAAGCAACAAGACCAACGCCUCCUGGAGCUCGACCUCGGCAGCCUGGAGUCUUGCCACCGCGAAAGAAGCAGCCAGCCGAUCCAUUUAUUCAGAAGAAAAGAAGAUGA